AUGAUUAACGGUGAUAUUGAAGAGGGAGUGAAUGGAAAUAUUGAUUUACCAGUGAAAUCCACUUCACAACUCUCGCUGUCUUCCUCGUCUGAAGAAGAUGAUGAUAAUGACACGGAGCCAGAAGUUGUACAAACGAAACAUCCAGCUGAACGUAAAAGACGUUUAUCGUCUAUACGAAGAUUAAGAUUCAGCAGAUCUCAUUCAAAACCGAGAUCUUCGUCCAGUAAUAGUAACUCUAAACCAGAAACAAUUGAAAGAAGUCAAAGCCCUGACUUGGAAGCACUCAAAGAUGGAACUUCAGCUUCAGAAACUGAGUCAGUUGCUGAGUUGAGACCUAGAAAUAACGCGUUUGACGAUACAGACGAUGAUGAUGUUAGCGAUGAAGAUCUAUCCGAUAAUCCAGCAACAGAUGAUGAAAAUGACGAAUCAUGGAAUUAUGAUGAAGAGUUAUAUUAUAAUACAGAAGCUAAUUCCAAGUUUGUUGUUGACAAACCGCUAUAUGUUAAUCCAGAAGAUAAUCAAUUGAUCGAUGAAGGUCCUAACAUUACUAGACCGAUUGAAGAUACUUAUCAUACUCAUUACAAGAGAAAUAAUCAAGAUAUAACCUUAGAUGGUCCAAAGUUUGAGAAGAAUAGGUGUACUUUGACAAUAAAGCAAGGUGAUCCAAAUAAUGCAUUAAUCAGUAAUAAUAGAAGGAGAAAGAGGUACAUCCUUGCAAGUGAUCUAUCGAAUGAGUCAAAGUAUGCAGUUGAAUGGGCUAUUGGUACUGUAUUGAGGGAUGGUGAUGAAUUAUUCAUCGCAACAGUUCAAGAGACUGAUACAAAACUGGAUGGUAAAUCAAGUAGAAAGUCUGGUGGUGAUAAAAGCAAAUUUCAAAAAGAAAGAGCAGCAUUCAGUCAAUUUCUAGCAAAGCAAGCAGUUUCAAUAUUACAAAGGACGAAAUUGCACGUGAUAAUUACGUGUCAGGCUGUACAUGCGAAGAACAGCAGGCAUAUGUUGAUAGAUAUGAUUGACUUUAUUGAGCCGACAUUCGCUAUAGUUGGUAGUAGAGGUAGAUCAGAUCUGACGGGUAUAUUGCUUGGAUCAACUUCGCAUUACUUGGUGCAGAAGUCAUCAGUACCCGUCAUGGUUGCAAGGAAGAGAAUAAAACAUGGACCACGCAAGCGUGGAAAUGCAGAUUUAAAUAAUCGCAGACACGUACCAUUGAGUAGAGCUGCUAUUGAUAGGGUUGCAGCAAAGGAUGAAAGUAAGAUUGAGACGAAAGAAGAUGAUAAUGUUGAAGGUGAUGAAGGUGACGAGGAGAGCGAAGAAGAAGAAAAUAAACAACAAGGCAGCUAA